CGCUCCCGUGUCGUGCAGCUGCAGUUCUCUCUCCCCCUCUUGUCUUCUCAUUAACUUGUGGACGUUUAUCUUGACAGCAAACAUGGCUACAGCUGGAAAAGUCAUCAAGUGCAAGGCAGCAGUUGCCUGGGAGCCCAACAAGCCUGUAGUGAUUGAGGAGAUUGAGGUAGCCCCGCCCCAGGCCAAUGAGGUUCGCAUCAAGAUCGUGGCGACAGCGGUGUGCCACUCAGACCUGUACCACCUUUUUGAGGGUAUGAAUAAGGACGGCUUCCCAACUGUCCUCGGCCACGAGGCAGCCGGCAUUGUUGAGAGUGUCGGGCCUGGAGUCACGGAAUUUCAGCCAGGAGACAAGGUGAUUCCUAUCUUCCUCUCCCAGUGUCAAGAAUGCCACUUAUGUAAGAAUCCAAAGACCAACCAGUGUGCAGUAGCAUGGACCAGGAUUCAUCAGGAAACCAUGUCUGCAGUGGAAUCCAGGUUUACCUGUAAGGGGAAGAGGGUGCUGCAGUUUAUGGGAACCAGCACCUUCUCUGAGUACACUGUGGUCCAUCAGAUGGCUGUGGCUAAGAUCGACCCUGCUGCUCCUCUGGACAAAGUCUGUCUUGUUGGGUGUGGGAUCUCCACUGGAUAUGGAGCAGCUGUUAAUACUGCUAAGGUUGAGCCGGGCUCCACGUGUGCUGUGUUUGGACUGGGAGCUGUGGGUUUGGCUGCAGUCAUGGGCUGCAAGGCUGCAGGAGCCAAAAGGAUUAUUGCCGUUGACAUCAACCCAGAGAAAGCAGAGAAGGCCAAGGUGUUUGGAGCCACUGACUUUGUGAACCCCAAGGAUCACGAUAAACCCAUCAGUGAAGUGCUGACUGAGAUGACCAACGGAGGAGUGGACUACUCUGUGGAAUGUGUCGGGAAUGUGCAAGUCAUGCGCAGUGCUUUGGAGUCUUCUGCACAAGGUUGGGGUGUCAGCGUGAUUGUUGGAUGGACCACCUUGCAUGACAUAGCUAUCCAACCCGUUCACCUGAUCUCUGGACGUACGUGGAAGGGCUCCCUGUUUGGAGGAUUUAAGAGUAAGGAUGGUGUCCCCAAGAUGGUUAAAGCCUACCUGGACAAGAAGUUGAAACUGGAUGAGUUCAUCACUCAUAAUAUGACUUUGGAUCAAGCCAAUGAUGCCAUUGAACUGAUGAAGAACUGCAAAUGCAUCCGGGCGGUCAUGAGUGUUUCUCCACAAUAACAUUUACUCCAGCAGUGUGUCACUGCAAUCAGUUAAAA